CAAAAGCAUUUGAUCCUUCAACAAGUACACACUGCAAGUUGUUCAUCCUCAACUUAUAUUGAUCUUUUUUUCCUUGAAAGUUUGUCGUUGGCAAUGGUGAAAAGGGAUCAACAAAAGAUAUUACAAGCAGAAGCAUCAAAGCAAAUGACACCGUCAUCAUCAUCAUGCAAGAAGAAGUACAAGGGUGUAAGAAUGAGGAGCUGGGGUUCUUGGGUAUCAGAGAUUAGGGCACCAAAUCAGAAAACAAGGAUUUGGUUAGGGUCUUAUUCUACACCAGAAGCAGCUGCUAGAGCCUAUGAUGCUGCACUGUUAUGCCUCAAAGGUUCUUCUGCAAGUCUCAACUUCCCUAACACAUCCCUUGAUUACAUUCCUGAUGCCAUUAUGUCUCCUAAAUCAAUACAAAGAGUUGCUGCUGCCGCAGCAGCUAAUAGUUUCCCUGACAAUGGCAUUAGCAGUAGCACCACCGCACCAGUAUCUCCUACACCAUCCUCAUUAGUUUCUUCCCCAUCAAUGGCUUCUUCACCGUCUGAUCAAGUUGAUGAUGUAUCACUGAUACAAUCACUUGAGUCUAUUUCCAUGAUGGAACCAUGGUACACCUCCUUUGAUGACCUACAAUCUCCAAAGUACAUUGAUCAAAUGUUCAACUUAGUCCCAUUUGAUCCACCGACAGUGAUGGAUGAUUUUUAUGAGGAAUUAAGUGAUAUUCGUCUAUGGAGUUUUCCCUAAGGCAAAGUCAAGGGAUUUAACCAUUCUUUUUUUCUUUGUCCAUUCCUAUUCAUUGAUGAUCUUCAGUUGUUGCUUGAAGAUGUUACUGACAGUGACAUAUAUUUCAUAUAUAUUUAAUUCAAGUGUGUUUUUUAGUGUAGGGAGAAGAAAUCCCACACGGAGAUGAAAACAUUUUUUUGGAUUCUCCAAUGGGAGGGGGGGUUAUACUUAUACAUUCAAUUUAUGUAUAAAUUAUGCAAAUUAAGUGUGUCAUUUUCAAUGUUAUCAAUAAUCAAUGGAAGAAAUAAGUUUUUUUCUCGUUAAA